AUGACGUCAUCUCCUGUUUAUCAAUGUAAACGAGCAUUAAUCAUUGGUAUCAACACAUAUCAGAACAAUUCAUUGAAUUAUUGUAUCAAUGAUGCCAAAGAUUUGAUGACAACUCUCAAUCGUAUUGGAUUCAAGGAGGUAUUACUAGGAGUCGACUGUAAGCGCACUAAAUUCCUUCAAAUGGUCGAAACAUUUGCUGGAAGAAUUAAGCCUACUGACUUAACGUUGUUUUACUUUUCUGGUCAUGGUAAGCAAUAUGAAAAUGAGAAUUAUUUGCUACCAUCGGAUUACGAUUAUGAUUACAGCACGAGGGAGUCUAUCUAUUUAUUGGACAACGCUGUUAGCGUACAGUACAUCAUGAAGAAAAUAUAUCAUCGAUACUGUCCCGUAACGAUAUUCAUUUUCGAUUGUUGCAGAACAAACGUCCGAACUAAAGGAGGUAGUGAUCAACAAGGUUUAUCACCAAUGCAUGCAUCGCCAGAAACUCUUAUUGCAUAUGCAUGUGCACCAGGCGCAGUAGCAGUCGACGAAACACGAAAUGGCAGAAACGGCUACUUUGCUGAACAUUUGUUAAAGCACAUUGCAACGCCCAACAAUGAUAUUGAAGAUAUUUUGAAGAUUGUUGCGCGUGAAGUUAAAUUACAAACUUCUGGUUUUCAAGUGCCCUUCCGAACAAGUUCCCUAACAGAGAAAGUUUGCUUGGUAACAUCAAAUGUUCAAGGCCAAUAUGAUUCACCGUUUCUCAAUCGUUUCGAAAAACAUACUAUUGAUAUUCAAACAUUAAUACACGAACGUCAUUGGUUAUUAUCUCGAGAACUUUAUGGUUGGCUUGAGAAUUGCUUGCCAAAUAAUCUUGGUAGUAAUUUUCCUCUUUUACAACAUCUUUUCGUUGAUUAUAGUCAAGAUCAAUUAUGCAGUCUUGUUAUUGAAGCUUGUGAACAAUUAAACAUUUCAACUGACGAUGAAAACACACCGGAAAAAAAUCUUCAAGUAAUAAAUUAUUGUCAAGAAAAAUUACUUCGUGCCGCUUCAUUCGAUUUACCAUUGACUCUUUCAACGCAAACAUCAUCCGAAUGCUUUUUGACUGAAAAAACUAUACUAUUUACGAUAGGACAGUAA